GACCCCGCCCCUCCCCCCCCUCCUCGUGGCGUUCCUUCGUGUUGCCCGUUCGGCGCGGAGUGCCGCGUCUCUCGCCGGGGUUGUCUCGCGUUUUGGAACCCUUCGGGUGGCCGCCGAAGAGGCGCCCGCCGCCUCCCCGAUCGCAGGCCGGAGCCGGCGUCGCUGCGAGCUUCGCGCACAGAGGCUGUCAUGUGGUCCACACUCUGGAUUUGCUAGAGCGCGUGCUGAACGGAUGAUCAAGUGGUGAUGGGCGCUGGUCGUUGAGCGCGACCUGACCGCACGGAGAGCCCUGUGCCUUGCGUUUCACCAACCAUGGAGUACAACGCGCUGAACGGCAGCCUUGGCAACUACGCCGGAGCAUUGCACCCCGGAAUGGACUCCAGCCUGGACCCAGCCCUGCACGGUGGCCUGGAGCCCGUGGGCCUUGGUGCUACAAUGAUGGAUGGAGAUGGCAUGCCUAUCGACAGCCUGCCUGUCGGGGAGGGACUUCCGCUGAUGGAGGGUGCCUACUCGGAGCUGCACAGCAUCAUCUCGGAAGUGGGCGUGCCCAUCAGCACCUCGCACUUCGACGUCCACGAGGAGCUGCUCUGGGUUGGCAACCAGGGGGGCCGCGUCGCCUCGUACUAUGGGCCAGCGAUGGAGCGCUACUCGGCGUUCGUCGUGCACCCCGCGGACGAGGUGCGGCAGGUGCAGAGCCUGGACAAUGGCGUGCUCCUCCUUACCAAAAACAACCUCAAGUGCUUCUCACGUGGCGGCCUCAUCAUGUGUGACUACAUGACGGAGGAGGCUCAUGAAAUGCACUGCAUGUUGCUCACGAGCAACAACUCGCUGCUGAUUGGAGGCCAGCAGAACCACAUUCUUGAGCUGGACCUGAGCAGUGCCCAGGAGAUGCAGAAGUACGAUGUCGAAACCACAGGGGUGACCAUCAUGAAGCAAGCCAACAGGUUUUUCUUCUGUGGCCACGCUGGAGGCAAGGUGACCCUGCAUGACCCGCGCACCUUCAAGCCGGAGCACGAGUUUGAGGCCCACUCGAACAACCUGUUGGACUUCGACGUGCACGGCAACUUGCUGGUCACCUGCGGGCUCACGGCGCGCCUCAACCGGCUGGCGUGCGACCGCUUCCUCAUGGUGUACGACAUGCGCAUGAUGCGCGCCGUGACGCCACUGCAAGUGCACCUGGAGCCCGCGUUCGUGCGCUUCAUCCCCACCUACACCUCGCGCCUCGCCAUCAUCUCCCAGACUGGGCAGUGCCAGUUCUGUGAGCCGACAGGCCUGGCCAACCCGGCCGACAUGAUGCACGUGGACACGGUGGGCCAGCUCAUCAUGGCCUUUGACGUCUCCUCCAGCCGCCAGGCCCUGGCGUUCGGGGACUCUGGCGGCUGUCUGCAUCUCUGGGCGGAUAGCCCACAGGUGACCUUUAACGAGUACUCCCGCGAAACGGAGUUUCCGUUGCCGUGCAUGUCGGACAGCGUGCCCCACUUGGACUGGAGCGACGACUUGGCACCGCUGUCGCUCGUUUCCAUGCCGUACACCAGCGACGCGUUGCUGUCCGACUGGCCCACCUCCAACUGCGCCGCCAUCCGCCGGAGGGCCCCUCCCGUGGACCCCGAGAUUCUGCGCUCCAUGAAGAUGGUCGGCUUCAUCGGCUACGCCCCCAACCCUCGCACCAAACUGCGCAACCAGAUGCCCUACAAGCUGAACGAGGCGGAUGGGGAGGCGGACGGCUACUCACAGGUGCCCGAGUCGCCCAUUGGGAGGGAGGAGGAGCCGCACCUCUACAUGGUGCCCAAGAAGUACAGGAAGGUGACUAUCAAGUAUUCUAAACUUGGCCUGGAGGAUUUUGAUUUCAAGCAUUACAACAAGACCAUGUUUGCAGGACUGGAGACCCACAUUCCCAACGCUUACUGCAACUCCAUGAUCCAGGUGCUUUACUUCUUGGAGCCAGUGCGCCGCUCCAUCCAGAGCCACCUGUGCCAGAAGGAGUUCUGCCUCGCCUGCGAGCUGGGAUUCCUCUUCUACAUGCUCGAUCUCUCCAAAGGGGACCCGUGCCAGGCCAGUAACUUCCUGCGUGCUUUCCGCACCAUUCCGGAGGCGUCGGCCCUUAGUCUCAUCUUGGCGGACUCCGACGAGGCAACGGGCAAAGUGAAUCUGGGUCAACUCAUCCAAAGCUGGAAUCGUUUCAUCCUCACACAGCUGCACCAGGAGAUGCAGGAGCAAGAGGGCAUGCCAGCCUACCGCAGCAUAACUGGCAGCGCGCAGGCCUCCAGCGAGUCGGUGGUGAGCCAAUUGUUCGGCACAGAGUUGGACAACUGUAGCACGUGCCGCUGUGGGAAGGAAACGUCGCGAGUUUCCUCCUCGCUGCUCUUCACGCUGCACCACCCGGACACCAGCAAAGAUGAGCCUGGGAAGUUGUAUGAAUUUGUGGAGCUGCUUCGCAGAAGCAUUUGUUUGGACCAGAGCACCCAGGCGUGGUGUGAGGUGUGCGAAAAGUACCAGCCCACGGUGCAGACCAGGAAGCUGCGCCGACUGCCUGACGUGCUAGUUAUAAACUGCCAGGUCAACUCUCCAAAGGACUGUGAGUUCUGGAGGAAUCAGUCCGAGAUCGCCUACCGCAGACUCGUCUCCAAGGAGGAGGCCGAGGGCACCAAGGCUCACCCCCCCGCCAAGAUCCCCGAAUGGCCCAUGGCAGCCGAGGGGUUGGAGCUGGGUUCCAACCUGGAUGAGAUGAAGAACGUGUGGAUUCCCUUCGCCUUUCGCACCAAGCUCGCGGAAGACGGCAGCCUGGACAUCACGCCCUGGAGCGAACUCGACAAGGUGGAGGACGGCGAGGAUGAUGGGGGCGGAAGGGUGUACCACCUGGCGGCGUCCGUGGCACAUGUGCUGGACCAGCGCACCGGGGGAAACCUGAUGGCGCACGUGCGUGUUGGUGAAACCUAUCACCAUCGGAAGGAGGGUGUCACACACUUCCAGUGGUAUCUCUUUAACGACUUUCUCAUUGAACCUAUUGAUAAAUUUGAAGCCGUGCAGUUUGACGUGAGCUGGAAGAUCCCGUGCGUGUUUUACUUUGUACGGCAAGACCUCAACUCCAAGUACAAUGUAUCAAUCAAGAAUCCAAUCGAGUCGAGUGUGCUGCUGGCGGAGGCGUCUCUGGCCAGGAAGCAGCGCAAGCGGAACGCCACCUUCAUGCCACUGCAGAUCUCGGAGCUGCCGCACAAGGGAGACCUGGUCGGCCUCGACGCCGAGUUUGUCACCCUCAAUCAGGAAGAAGCGGAGCUUAGGAGCGAUGGAACAAAGUCGACCAUCAAACCCAGCCAGAUGUCGGUGGCAAGGAUCACGUGCGUGCGCGGGCAGGGCGCCCACGAGGGCAUUCCCUUCAUUGACGACUACAUCUCUACUCAGGAGCAGGUCGUGGACUACUUGACCCAGUUUUCGGGCAUCAAACCAGGAGACUUGGAUGCUAAGGUCUCAUCCAAACACCUGACCACCCUCAAGUCCACAUACCUGAAGCUGCGCUUCCUCAUCGACAAUGGAGUCAAGUUUGUUGGGCACGGGCUGCGCAAGGACUUCCGUGUCAUCAACCUCAUGGUCCCAAAGGAACAAGUCAUCGACACGGUCAUCCUCUUCCACAUACCCAGGAAGAGAAUGAUUUCUUUGAGGUUCCUGGCCUGGCAUUUCCUUGAGCUGCACAUCCAGGCGGAGACGCACGACAGCAUCGAGGACGCCAACACCGCGCUGCAGCUCUACAGGAAGUACCUGGCGCUCAGUAAUAACGGUCACGACGUCGACGGCUUCCGGAAAACGCUCAAGCAGCUGUACGAGGAGGGACGCAAGCGUGACUGGAAGGUCCCCGAGUAGCCAUGCUCUGCGCCGCGCUCGGCCUGCAGCGCCUGCAUGCGCUGCACGAGCCGCUGCACAGCUUGGCAUGGCUCCAGGCGGCUUGCGAGCAGCGAGUGUGAGUGAGAGGUCAACCCUUUUUAAGCGUCAUCCCAAGGCCACCUGUCAGCCAAUAUACACUACUGUACUUUUGCCACACUGCUACAAACACAACUCUUAUUGUUGGCCGUCAUUUUUUUUAGUUGGAAGUCAUUUUGCGAUUUGGACCCCAUCGUUCAUUUUGAAGAUGUAUUGAUGUGGACAUUUUGUAAAUACUGCCUUUUAUAAUGUUACGUGUUUGUGCGCACGCCACUUGCAACAUAAUUUUUUAAAUGAAACCCUUUUGGUCGACGAUAGUUGUGAGAUGCACAUGCGCCUAUGUACUUAAAUAAAUGUGAAGAUUGUU